AUGAGCCUAAGCAGUACUUCUUGCUCUUCCUCAAUUGUGGUAGUCCAAAAGGAACAAAAAGACGAUAUUACAAAAGAAAUGAUUGGACAGGUGUUUGCUGAUUGUGACAAGUCUGGAAAUGGAUUUAUUAACAUCAAAAAGUUGAAGAUUGUAAUGAGAGCACUUGGAUUAGAACCAAGACAAGAAGAGGUAAACAAAUUAAUGGAUCGAAUGUUGGAGGAUUCUGUUGCUCGUUCUGUUAACCAAGAAGCAUUUACUGCCCAAGAAUUAGCCAAUAUACUUUCUGAUCGUUUAAAAAUUGACAAAAUUGGCGAUGAAAUUCAGACUGCUUUUCAACUUUUUGAUUCUAAUGAAAAAGGGUUUAUUAAUGUUGAGGAUUUGAAGAGAGUUGCAAAAGAAUUGGGGGAGGAAUUGAAUGAAGACGAAUUUAAGGUUUUUAAUUUUGUAGUUUAA